GCGAGAUCAGAAGCUUAUAAAGGUGGUGCCGGGCAAACCUCCCUCGCCUUCUCUAGUUCCUCUUCACGUGUUCGUGUUUUCUCUGAACUUGUCUGCGGAGCCUAGCUGUUACUGUCAGCAUGGCUGCGGGAAAUGCCAAGAUUGGGUUCCCAGCCCCCGAUUUCAGAGCUACAGCUGUUAUGCCAGAUCGGCAGUUCAAAGACCUCAGCCUUUCCGACUACAAAGGGAAGUACGUUGUGUUGUUCUUCUACCCCUUGGACUUCACCUUUGUGUGCCCCACGGAGAUUAUUGCAUUCAGUGAUCGAGCUGAAGAAUUUAAGAAACUCAACUGCCAAGUAAUUGGUGCUUCUGUGGAUUCACACUUCUGUCACCUUGCCUGGGUCAACACGGUCAAGAAGAAUGGUGGCCUGGGAGCCGUGAAUAUUCCAUUGAUGUCUGACCCCAAACGAACCAUUGCUCAAGAUUAUGGGGUGUUAAAGGCAGACGAGGGAAUUUCAUUCAGGGGUCUCUUUAUCAUUGAUGACAAGGGGGUCCUUCGCCAGAUCACCAUCAAUGAUCUACCCGUGGGCCGCUCUGUAGAUGAAACUCUGCGGCUUGUCCAGGCCUUCCAGUUCACAGACAAGCAUGGUGAAGUGUGCCCUGCUGGCUGGAAACCGGGGAGUGACACCAUCAAGCCUGACGUGCAGGGGAGUAAGGAAUACUUCUCCAAGCAGAACUGAGCUGCUCUCUGCAGCCUCGGACAUUUACACCCCCCCCCCCCCCCCCCAGACUCACUAGCUACUGUCUGCAGGACAAAUGUGCUUGAUCUUCCCCAACCUUCCAACUGUAGAGGGAGCCCAAACAGUGUGGGCUAGCCUGGGCACGUCCCCUCUCCUCAUGGGGCCUGAUUCAUUCAGAUCAUUCCCCACUCCUUCGGAGCAGCAGCCAGCUGGCUGAGCCUGCCAGGUCUCUCUCACUCCUGAUGACCAAGUGCUGUGUUAACAUUGUUUGUACCAUAGUCACUCCUUUGGGCUUGAGCCCAUCUCAUGUUUUGUAGCUCUAUUAAACUUGUCCUAAGAAAAAAA